AUGGCUACUCUCAGAAGCACCAAAAGAAAUCCUGACCUUGGCAACGGAAAGCCCAAGAAAGCUGACAAAUUCUUGGAGAAACCCCCCUGGGUAAUGAGGCUAGAAUCUCAAAUCAGCGAUAUCAGCAUUGAGAUAACUCAACUAAAAGAGAAAUUCGAAGGAAAAGUUGACUCUUUGAGCUUUGAUCUUAAAGAAGUUAGUCAAAAUGCUGCGGAUCUUUUUUCUCAUUUGGAAAAAGCCCAAAAAUGGAUCGUUGAUCUCGAAACUCGAUCACCCUUCAGAUAUCGAAAUGACUCACAGAAUCGGCGCAUUAACAUUUUUGAAUCAAGGGUGAACUGCCAUCACCCCGCCAAUAGUACAAUACUUCGGUGUAAAUACGGUGUAAUGCCCCCCAGUACACAUUCGCAACACAAGUUCACCAAAGCUUGCACAAUGUCCUCUAUUGCUGACAUUGUUUUCCUAGUUGAUGGAUCCUGGAGUAUAGGAUCCCAGAACUUUGAAAAAGUCCAAGAUUUUCUCUCUACUUUGGUGAAUGGAUUUGAUGUUGGAGAGGACAAAGUACGGAUUGGCCUCAUUCAGUUCAGUGGAAACCCUCGUACAAUGUUUUUCCUGAAUUCUUUUUAUGAUAAGAAUGAUAUCCUGUGGAAGAUACAGCAACUACAAUUGAAGGGAAGUGGUUCAAGAACUGGGCUGUGCUUGAGGUUCCUGCUGAAAGAGCAUUUUGUGGAGUCGGCAGGAAGUAGGGCUUCAAUGGACGUGCCACAGGUGGCUAUCAUUAUCACUGAUGGGAAGUCUGAAGAUAGCAUUAGUUUGCCAGCAAAGGCUCUGAAGGAUCAGGGGAUCAUUGUGUAUGUCAUUGGUAUUCAAGUUGCCGAUGAGAGGGAACUGAAGCAGAUUGCCAGUGAACCAGCUGUAAACUAUGUGUACGAUGUAGCUGACUUUGAUGAUCUGAGGGAAAUCUCACAGGCUAUCAUCUGGUUUUUGUGUACGAGGAUGCAAGAGGUAUCUCAUGAAAUAUCCAACAUUGGGCAUACUUGCAGGGAUGCCACAGUUGCUGACAUUGUCCUUGUGAUAGAUGGUUCAUCAAGCAUAAAGGAUGAGAACUUUGAAAACAUGAAGAUAUUUCUGCGUAAAUUUGUUCGUGGACUGGAUAUUGCAAGCAACAAAGUGAGGAUUGGGUUGGCUCAGUACAGCACAGAUCCAAGGACUGAGUUUCUUCUGAAUACGUAUUUGUCAAAAGAGAACGUAUUGGACCAUAUACAAAAUUUGUCACAAAAGAAGGGUGGGACAAAUGUGACAAAAGUUCUGGAAUUCCUGGACAGAGAACAUUUUGUUAUGUCAGCAGGGAGUAGAAUCGAAGAAGGUGUGAAACAAAUUGCCAUUCUGAUCACUGAUGGAGGAUCUAUUACUGAGGCAGCCAAGGCAGCUGAACAGAUGAGAAGCAAAAAUAUCACAAUUUUUGUCAUUGGAGUUAAUGUCCAACCAGCAAAGGCACUCAGACUUUUAUCCAGUAAACCAUUUAAUAAAUAUGCCUACAACAUUGCAAGUUUUGACAAACUGUCUGAAUCAGAAUUUUCAAACAGAUUUUUGGAGUCGGUGUGCAGGGUUAUUGUAGACUAUAUUCAAGCCUAUGCUGUGGAUUAUGCUGAUGUCGUUUUUCUAGUUGAUACUUCUCUGAAGAUGGGGUCUGCAGGAUUUCAACGGAUCCAAAAAGCCAUUUUGAAGGUUGUUUCUCAACUUGAGAUUGGGGCAGACAAGUUCCAAGUUGGUCUUGCUCAGUACAGUACUAAUGUCUAUACAGAAUUCUUACUGAGUGCCUUCCAAACAAAUGCUCAAGUGACGCGUUACAUAAAGAAUCCCAGUAAUUUUGUAUUUCAGAGAGGACGUGGGCCAGCAAUGGGCAAUGCCAUUGAUGUUCUGAACAAGGGUUUCUUCAGAGUGUCUGCUGGAAGUCGACGAGCUCAAGGAGUUCCUCAGAUUGCUAUAAUAUUUACUUCAGCACCUUCACUGGAUGAUGUCACUGUAGCUGCCAGGGAGAUAAGAAAACAAGGGGUGAAGGCUAUUGCUGUUGGUGUGAAGAAUGCUAACCAGACUGAGCUGGAGAAAAUAGCCCCUCCUGAAUUUAUUUUCCAGAGUGAUGAUUUUGGAGUAUUUGCUCAGUUACCAAGCAAAAUAUACAAUGUAAUCAAGCUGAUAAUAAAACAGGAAUAUCUAUACAAAAUAUAUGAAAGAUCAGCAGCAUGCAGGACUGCUUCAAUUGCUGAUGUCGUCUUCUUGAUAGAUACAUCUGAUGACAUUGGAGUAGCCAACUUUCAGUUACUCCGUGGUUUUCUACAAGGCCUAAUCAAUACACUGGACGUAACAGCUGACCGUGUCCAUGUUGGUUUGGCUCAGUACAGUGUCUUACCAAAAGAAGAGUUUAAACUAACAACCUAUCACAGCAAGAGUGACAUCUUGGAUCAUGUAAGAUCAAUGCCCUAUAGAGGGGGAAGAGGAAGAAAGACCAGCGCUGCCCUUCACUUUGUAAGGGAAAAUUAUUUUACAGCACAGGCUGGCAGUCGUGUCAAGAAAGGAAUCCCCCAAAUGUUGUUUUUGAUUACUGGUGGUGAAUUCCAGACUGAGGAUGAGGACAGUGCAAUCUCACUGCGUCGUAAUGGUGUUAAUAUUUUUGCUCUGGGCAUUGGGAAUGUCACCGAAAACGAGCUGGAGAAAAUUGCUUCGUCAUCAAAACGCUAUGUUUUAAGAUUAGAGGAUUUCCUCAUGCUGUCGCCUGCCGCAGACAUCUUGCAGAAUAGGAUUUGCCUGGAGGUUAUCUCUCAAACCUCAGGGACAGCUGUCGAAGAGAACAUCAUUAAAGAAGCCUGUACUAAAACUGAAGAAGCUGAUAUUUACUUUCUGGUUGAUGGGUCGUCCAGCAUUUCAGCAGAGAGCUUCAUGGAAGUAAAACAAUUCCUGAUCAAGGUUAUUAAAGAUUUUACUAUUGGUGCAAAUCAGGUUCGCAUUGGGGUUGUCCAGUAUUCAAAGGAUCCACAAACUGAAUUUACAGUCACUGAAUAUACCAAUAAAACUAGUUUGGAGGAAGCAGUUGAAAGAAUUUCUCAAAUUAGGAAAACAACUUGGACGGGGCGUGCAUUAAGUUACAUGAAAGAUCUCUUCAGCGAAGCAAAGGAAAGACAUGAAGUGCACCAGGUCCUGAUCACUCUCACCAAUGGAGAGGCAGAUGAUAAUGUAGAAGAACCUGCAAGAGAUCUGAAACAGCAGGGAAUAAUCUGUUAUGCAAUAGGAGUAGGGAAUACAAGUAAUGAAGAACUUAAACAGGUUGCAGGAGGAACUGAAGAAAGAGUUUACUAUGUCACUAACUUUGAUGUAUUGGAUGAUAUAAAGAAUAACAUCGUGCGGGCAAUCUGUUCACGGGAAGCCUGCAGCAAGAUGGGGAAGAGUGACAUCAUUUUCCUAAUCGAUGGAUCAGGAAGCAUGUCCCAUGAUUUUCUGAAAAUGAAAGAGUUUAUGCAUAGCUUUGUGAACAGGACCACUAUUGGUCCAGAGAAUGUGCACAUGGGUCUAAUACAAUAUGCUGCUGACUACCGUCUAGAGUUUAAUCUUGGUAGAUAUUCAUCUCAGGAUGACAUACGCAAGGCAAUUACUGCAGUGCGGCAAAUAGGAGGAGGGACUAUGACUGGCUCUGCCCUGAGCUUUACAGAGGAGUACUUUGCCCAAUCUAAAGGUGGUCGGCCUGGAAUCCCACAAUAUCUCAUAGUGAUCACUGAUGGAGAGGCACAGGAUGAGGUCUUGGGCCCAGCAACAUCCAUCAGGAAUGAAGGAAUCAUAGUAUUUGCCGUGGGUGUAUCGGAAGCCAACGUAAGUCAGCUUCUGGAAAUUGGAGGAUCUCAAGAUAAAGUUCAUUAUGUUGAAGACUUCACUCAACUUGAAGAUCUGGACCAAAAAAUAUACUGGGAAAUCUGCAGUCACGUUGACACCUGUCUGAGAACAGAUGAAACAGACAUUGUUUUUGUAAUUGAUGGAUCCAUUAACACAGAGCCAGAUGAGUUCAAGCAGAUGAAAAUUUUCAUGUUAAAUAUGGUGAACAAUUCAGUUGUUUCCUCCAGCAAUGUGCAGUUUGGUGCCAUUCUGUACAGUGAUGCACCUAAUAUCCUAUUCCAGCUGAGCCAACCUAUGAGCAAAACAGAGAUCAGCGAAGCCAUAAACAAAAUGAACUUAGCAGCAGAAGCUGCCGAUAUUACACCUGAUCUUAAGCUGGCAAAAGAGGUUUUAGCAAAUGGAAGCCGAAGCCUAAAAGGAGACUCACAGUUCAUCACAGUGAUGACUAACAGGAAAGACAUAUAUUCUUUGCAACGAUCAUUAGAGGCAGACAUUGGACAGAGUGAAGCGACUGUCAUCACCGUGAGUCCAUCCAGUGGCAAAGAAGAAGUGCUGGUGGGAAUACUAGAAGUUGAUAAAAAACGUUUCAAUAUGCAAAGAUUUGACAACAUGGUUGAUGUAAUUAAAAAUACAUCUCAGUUGAUUUGUAGUAAAACUAAUCCAGAUUGUGUCCUCGAGAAAGCAGACAUUAUUUUCCUCAUGGAUGGGUCAACAAGUAUUAAUAAGAUUGAUUUUGAUGAGACAAAAUCUUUUCUGAAACGCCUGAUUGACAUUUUUACUAUCCACCCAAGUAAAGUCCAGAUUGGUCUGGCGCAGUUCAAUUUCUCAACAAAAGAAUCCUUGCUGGCUAAACUUGACCAAGUAACUCAAAUGGGAGGAGGUACCAGAAUUGGAUUUGCCCUGCAAAAUUUGGUCUCCAUGUUCACAAAGGAAGCAGGUAGCCGGAGUGCCACUGGAGAACCCCAAAACCUGGUUGUGCUCACCGAUGGAGAAUCACAAGAUGAAGUGGGUCCUCCAGCUGAUCGCUUGAGACAGGAUAAUAGAAAUAUAUUUGUUGUGGGUAUAGGGAAUGUACAAACGAGACAACUUCUGCAAAUCUCAGGGUCCAGAUCAAACAUCUUUCAGGUUCAGAAUUUUCAAGGCCUGAAGAAAAUUAAAAAAAGGUUUGUCCGCAGUAUCUGCACAGAAAGACCAUCAUCAGUAUGCUCCAUCGAUAUUGCUAUGGGACUAGAUCUCAGUAAACAUGUGGAAUUUCUGGAAUCACAUGGCAGUCAUCUGAGUGGCAUCAUUGAGAGAAUGAUGGAUCUCCACAACAUCAGCUGCAAGUCAGGCAAUGGCAUCACAACUAGGAUUGGAUUUCACCGAUCGAGUUCGAAUUUUGAUCUGCAAUUUAAGCAGUUUAAAUCUAAUGAAAUAAGGGAAGAACUAACGUCAAUGCAAAAUGACAACAGGACCUUGAAUGCCGAUUAUCUGCAAUCUUUUUCGAGGCUAUUUAGUCUGAAAGCAGAAGGAAAUUUGAAGGUCAUUGUAAUAGUUACAGAUGGAAUAGAUGAUGAAAUGAAAAAAUUAAAGAAAGUAUCAGAAAAACUCCGAUUUAAAGAGGGUAUCCAUGGACUGAUCUUCGUUCCCCUGGAAGGAACAGAAAAUGCUGACAAAAUUGCUGAACUGGAAUUUGGAAGAGGGUUUGGUUACCGAGAGGAACUGAUGAUUAACAAGCCGGAUAUUGGAAAUGAAUUAUUGUCAGCAAUUGACACAAUUGCAGAGAGAGAAUGCUGUAAAAUAAUUUGCAAGUGCUCAGGGCAAUUAGGAAAUAGAGGAGAUCGAGGAAAAAGAGGAUCUUUGGGGCAAAAAGGUCAAAAAGGAUUUCAAGGAUAUGAAGGUGAAGAGGGCAAAGAGGGUAGCAGGGGAGGUCCAGGUAUUACUGGAGCUCGAGGAGAAGAUGGAUGCCAAGGUCCCAAUGGCCACAAGGGAUCAAGAGGGCAUAGAGGACAGAAGGGUGACACGGCUGCCAAUGGUUUGGAUGGAAUAGAUGGAGAGGAGGGAGAUCCUGGGAUUCCUGGGGUCGAUGGAGAAAAAGGGGCUGAUGGAAAUACUGGAAGCAAAGGCAGUCGAGGACGUAAAGGUGACCGUGGAGAACCAGGUCUACAAGGGGACUCAGGUGCAUCUGGUGUAGAUAAUUACUCUAAAGGAAGGAGGGGUGACAAAGGACAACGUGGUAUACAGGGUGAAUUUGGGCAAAGAGGUAGACCAGGCAAGGUUGGUCAAGAUGGAAAUAAGGGACGACCUGGUCGGAGAGGAGAUAUGGGUAUUGAGGGUCGCAGUGGACAACCUGGUAUCCAAGGACCCCCUGGGCCCCCUGGACCCAAAGGCCAAAAGGGAAGUAGAGGAAAUCCCAGUCCCCCUGGAAGAAAAGGAGAGACUGGAUUGCGAGGACCUCGGGGCUCAACUGGAGAUAAAGGCUUCAGAGGUCACAAAGGAAGUGAUGGAUUCAAAGGGCAAAAGGGUGAAGAUGGACCAAAGGGUCAGAAAGGAGAGUUUGGAAGAACUGGAGUUCGUGGACUACAGGGCAUGGAUGGGAUUGAUAUGGUUGGAAAUCCUGGACCAAACGGACGAAAGGGAGAACCCGGAUUCCCUGGUUAUCCUGGUCCACAGGGACCAGAUGGUGACCCUGGAACUCCUGGUGAAAAAGGCCCUAAAGGAUCAAGAGGAUGCAGGGGGGACUCUGGUCAACCUGGUGAGCCUGGAAACCCAGGAGAAGAAGGAGCUCCAGGAACAAGGGGUUUGAAAGGGUCACCAGGGAAAGCACACAUGAGCCCAUGUGAACUCCUGUCAUAUAUUCGAAACAAUUGCCAAAGCGCUGAGUGCCCUGUUUAUCCUCUGGACCUGGUGUUUGCAUUGGAUUUGUCUUCAGAUAUUUCUCCAGCUAAAUUUAACAGAAUGAAGAGGAUAGUGAGGGUAUUGGUACAGGAUCUUAAAAUAACCAAAAGUACUUGCCCAGAGGGAGCACGUGUGGCAGUUCUUACCUACAGCUCCACACCAAAAAUGUCCAUACAAUUCUCAGAACACAGGAGUGAGGAGAAAGUUCUGCAAUCACUGCAGGAUCUAGCUUAUGAACGGUCAGCUAGAAGGCAGGAUAUUGGAUCAGCAAUGAGGUUUGUUGCAAGAAAUACUUUCAAGCAUACUCGUGGUGGCAUUCUUACCAGAAAAGUAGCAGUAUUUAUUACUGAUGGACCAUCUGAAGACAAGUCAGCAAUCGUGACCGCAGCUCUCGAGUUCAGUGCCUUGGACAUCACCCCAGUUGUCAUUUCUUUUGCUGAUGUCCCUGACAUACAGCUUGCCUUCCAGGUUGAUGAUACAAGAACGUUUCGAGUAGCCUCAUUGUCAGAACAGCAGCGAAAAGUCCAGGAGCAGUUACGCACAAUCCGAUUAUGCACCUUGUGUUUCGAUAUGUGUCAACCAAGGGCCCAAUGUCAACACAAUAUCUCCCCACCUCCAAUCUCAAUCAGCAUGGACAUGGCUUUUGUUGUUGAUGGUUCACACAAUAUGAAAACAAUGGACUUUGAAAGAAUUAAGUAUUUCCUCACUUCAAUGCUGGAUAUGUUUGUGAUUUCAAGAAGACCAGACAUCAGUGAUAAUUAUGCCAGGGUGGCAAUGGUACAACACUCACCAGCAGAUUACGUCCCUGGUACUGGUCAAAAGCCAGUCAAUCUGGAAUUUGGGUUUUUGAAGUACAACAGCAAAAAUAUAAUGAAGAAGUACAUUAAAGAAUCAUUUAAUAAGUUAGAUGGACUCUCUAGGGUUGGCCAUGCUAUUGAAUGGACCAUGAAUAAUGUUUUUAGCAGCAACCCAGUUGCACGCCGUCAUAAAGUGAUCUUUGUAAUACUUGCGGGAGGAACAGGCACUCUUGGCAUGGAAAAGCUAAGCAUAGUGUCUAAGGAAGCAAGGUGCAAAGGUUUUGUGGUCUUUACAGUUUUCCUUGGGAAGGAAAUUGGCGGAGUCAACCUGGAUACAACUGUUAGUUUUCCGUUUAACCAACACUUUAUUCACCUUGGUCGGCUGCUUGAUUCUGAAAUGAAUUACGCCAAAAGGUUCACUCGGGCCUUCCUGAAAAGUCUCACACUUGAAAUCAAUGACUACCCUCCUCCACAAUUAAAGCAGGAAUGUUGAUUUAGAGCAGAAAUACCUGGACGUAUAAGCUGACUGAUCUCUCGACAAUGAUAUGGGAAGAUGCUAGGGCUAUGACUUAAAGUGGUACUUUGACAAUGGUCUGCAAGUUUGUCAACAAUUCUGGUAUGGUGGAUGCGAAGGAAAUAAGAAUCGAUUUAAUACCCUUGUAAAGAAAUCUGCCUCAAAUCACACUAGAAAACAUUGUAGCAAUUAUGUACAAUGAAUAUCAGCAGAUGCUGAAAAUCCAAGCAACACACACAAAAUGUUGGAGGAAUUCAGCAGGCCAGGUAGCAUUUAUGUAAAAGAAUGCAGUUGACAUUUGAGACCUAAAUCGUUCAUGAGGACUGAUCGGUCUCAACUGUUUACUGUUUUACAUAGAUCCUACCUUGCCUGCUGAAUUCCUCCAGCAUUUUGUGUGAUGUGCAAUGACAUAAUUGUUUCAGAAUCUGUAUACUUGAGGGCUCAGUAUCCUUAUCCUAUGAAUUAGUCAGAAAAUAUCAACUUUGACUUGGGCCAUGGUUAUAUUUGAACCUGGAGUGUGGUGGAAGAGAGAAAUGUCAGCCAGGAGUCCAGCUAAAGACUAAAAUGAUCAUCCUUUUUGCUGGAAUUUUCUGCUUGAGCAAGUAAAUAAGAGUAAAUGGCUGUGAUGCCCAUUGUAAUUGAAUAGCUCUCAGCCAUUCAGUGUUGAGACUCAUUCAUUUGCAAUAACUCUUGUAGUACAAGGAGUGCAAGGCUUCAAGAGGAACAGAAUUCAUUCUAUAGGGAAAUUGACAUAGAAGAGAUAAACAAGCAUUAAAUAUAAAUAUGUAAAUUGUAUUAUUUUAUUUGCACAAAUUAAAAUUUGGCUUUUUAAAAAAUUAGCAUUCAUCUGUUUCCAAAGUGCAAGACCAGUACCUCUGAGUGGUGGAUGUUGAAACUUGUAAGUAUAUACUGCUCAUAACUUGAAUCUACCUUAAAUCUUAAUGAGUCCUUAGUGUGCUAGAUUCUGUGUCAGGGCAUGGAAAAGCUCAGUUAGUAACCAGGAUAACUUCAUUUCAUUAACACGUCUUUGUCAUAUCAUGUAGCGAACUUUUCAGCAAAUGAUUAUACUCAGAAUUUGUUCAUGCAUGUGUUCCAUCUACAAAAAUACUGUUUUUUGAUUUGAAAUAAAACAAA